AUACCCAGGAUGAUGUGGGAGCUGUACCUGCUGCUACUGCUGGGACUGGGACUCAGGUCCCAGGAGGCCCUGCUGCCACCCUGUGAGAGCCAGAUUUACUGCCAUGGGGAACUCCUGCACCAAGUUCAGAUGGCUAAACUCUACCUAGAUGACAAGCAGUUUGUGGAUAUGUCACUCACCGCAUCUCCAGAUGAAGUGCUGAAGAGUUUCAGACAGCUGGCCAUGACACACAACAACAGCAUCCCCAGGGAAGAGCUUCAGAAGUUUGUCCAGACUUACUUCCAGCCUGUGGGGCAGGAGCUGCAGUCCUGGAUCCCAGAGGACUGGAAAGAGAGGCCUCAGUUCCUGCAGAAGAUCUCCGAUGCCAAGCUGCGUGACUGGGCGGGGCAACUGCACCAGAUCUGGAAGAAUCUGGGAAAGAAGAUGAAACCAGAGAUUUUCAAAAACCCCGAGAGGUCCUCCCUGAUCUACUCAGAACACCCCUUCAUCGUGCCUGGAGGACGUUUUGUUGAGUUCUACUACUGGGACUCCUACUGGGUGAUGGAAGGUCUGCUUCUCUCUGAGAUGACCUCAACAGUGAAGGGCAUGCUGCAGAACUUUCUGGAUCUGGUGAAGACCUACGGACACAUCCCCAAUGGCGGACGUGUGUAUUACCUGCAACGGAGCCAGCCCCCACUCCUGACUCUCAUGAUGGAUCUGUAUGUGAAUUACACCAAGGACAUCAGCUUCCUGCAGGAGAACAUUGGAACCCUAGCCUCGGAACUGGACUUCUGGACCGUGAACAGAAGUUUGUCUGUGAGCUCAGGAGGAAAAAGCUAUAUCUUGAACCGUUACUAUGUCCCUUAUGGGGGACCCAGGCCAGAGUCCUACAGCAAGGAUGAAGAAUUGGCAAACACUGUGCAGGAAGGGGACCGAGAGACUCUGUGGUCUGAGCUCAAGGCUGGAGCUGAGUCUGGCUGGGACUUCUCUUCACGCUGGCUUGUCGGAGGCACAAACCCUGAUUUACUUAGCAGCAUCCGAACCAGCAAAAUGAUACCUGUUGACCUGAAUGCAUUCCUGUGCCAAGCAGAGGAGCUGAUGAGUAACUUCUACUCCAGGCUAGGGAAUGACGCCGAGGCCGCAAAGUACAGAAACUUGCGGUCCCAGCGCUUGGCCGCCAUGGAGGCCGUCCUGUGGGACGAGCAGAAGGGAGCCUGGUUCGACUAUGACUGGGAAAAAGAGAAGAAGAACCUGGAGUUUUAUCCCUCCAACCUCACCCCGCUCUGGACUGGCUGCUUCUCAAACCCUAGCGUCAUUGACAAGGCUCUGAAAUACUUGGAGGACAACAAUAUCUUGACCUACCAGUAUGGGAUCCCGACCUCUCUUCACAACACAGGCCAGCAAUGGGACUUCCCCAAUGCCUGGGCGCCCCUGCAGGACUUAGUCAUCAGAGGUUUGGCCAAGUCAGCGUCCCCCCGGACUCAGGAGGUGGCUUUCCAGUUGGCCCAGAACUGGAUCAGAACCAACUUCAAAGUCUACUCCCAAAAGUCAGCAAUGUAUGAGAAGUAUGACAUCACCAAUGGUGGACAGCCAGGUGGAGGAGGGGAGUAUGAAGUUCAGGAAGGAUUUGGUUGGACCAACGGACUGGCACUGACGCUUUUGGACCGCUAUGGUGACCAGCUGACCUCAGGAACCCAGCUAGCUUCCCUAGGAACCCAGCUAGCUUCCCUAGGACCCCACUGCCUCCUGGCGGCCCUUCUCAUCAGCUUUCUGCUACAGUGA